ACGGGAUAUUACAAGGCAAACAGAAUUGGAAUGAUGCUUUGUGGCACAUGGCCAGAACAGUCAUUCACAACAAAAUUAACAAUUAGAAUUUUGCAUACUGGACCAAUUAUUAUUUUGCUCAUAGCAGAGUUUUUUUAUUUUUACGGCAUUCGAGGAGAUUUUCGUGAAGUCAUUCCAUGUUUACCAUCACCAAUGACAAUAUUCGUAGCAUUUAUUAAAUUUAAUUUAUUAGCCAGUAAUAAAAAAAUGGUAAAAGAUAUUAUUGACAAAAUGAGAAAUGAUUGGGAAUAUUUAGAAAAAACAUCGACAAAUAAAAUAAUGCAUAUAAAUGCUGCCAAAGGACGUCAAAGAAUUUUAACAUACAUGUAUUAUCUUAUGAUUUCAGCUUCAAUGUAUAUUGGCUGUUCAUUUAUUCCAAAAGCACUGGACAUUAUCAUACCUCUCAAUGAGACAAGAAAAAACAUAGCUCCAUUCGAAACAGAUUAUAAAGUUGACUUGGAUGAUUAUUUUUAUUUAAUUGUUUUACAUGGUCUAGUUACUUGCACGACAACAGUAACAUUUUUAUGGGUAACAGAUGCAUUUAUCAUGGUGAUGGUUCAACAUUGUUGUGGACUCUUUGGUACUAUUGGACAUGUUUUGAAGCAAUUAAAUGAAAAAAUAUCUGAAAAAGAUGAAAAAAAUAUUAUAAAUUAUGCUAUAUUGAUGCAUAAACGUGCCAUUACAUUUGCUGAUUUUAUUGAAUCAACAGUUACAGUAAUGUAUGGAUUUGUGGUAUUGAUUAAUAUGAUAGCAAUCAGCGUAACAGGUGUUGAAACGAUAUUUAGAUGGGAUAAUCAAGAUGUCAGAUUGAAAUUUGUUGCUUACACUAUUGCAGAAAUUGUACAUUUAUUUUUUAAUACAUUACCAAGUCAACAGCUGAUUGAUGACAGUGGUAAAGUUUUUGAUUCAAUUUACGAGUGUGAUUGGUCUAGCUUGUCAAUUAAAUCACAAAAAUUAAUUUGGCUGAUGCUUGUUAGAAGCACCAGACCUUGUUAUCUAACAGCUGGAAAAUUUUAUGAAUUAAAUAUGGAAAAUUUUAGCCAGGUCGUACGUACAGCUGUGUCUUACCUCACAGUUUUGACAUCAUUUAAAUAA